AUGGCUGCCCCAGAAGCGACCGCUUGGAACCUCGUUGCCCGCCCAGGCGGCGUCCAAUCCAGCCAGAGAGUUGCUGCGCGCCACCCCCAGCCGCGAACUUGCCUGUGCUGUGUCGAGCCCUGGAAGGGCGAACGAGGAACAGUGAAGACAGUGACUGCAGCGGGUUGCUACAGCGCUCUCUCCUCUGUGCCGCCCGCUGGACCUCAACUGUGCGGGCAGACUUUGCAACUCACUCAACCGAUUGAUCCCUGGACCAGUGCUGGAAAACCACCUGCACCCCCCGGCUGUGGCCUGUCCGCUCCAUCUCCCCACCCCUGCCGCCCACCGCCUGCGAUAGACUGCGAGGUGCACCCAUCAGUUGCUGCUGUUGCUCGCUGUGACGUUAGGUCCCGUCCCAGACAGGGAACCGGAACCUGGAAAGCACAACCACCACCACCACCACCACCACCUCCACGCUUUUCCCGCACACAUGCACUCGACCUCCAAAUUCCAACCCUCUCCACACACAGCCAGCUCGCCUUGCCCGCCAUAGCCGCCAGCCGCACAACAAAGAGCGGAACAGACCAGAGGCUGAGGACAAAGAGGGGAUCGACAGGGAACACACGAGAUCGGGAGAUACCACGCACGAACCCCGAGAAGGAGACGAGACAGACAGACGAGACUCGGGAACAGAGGCCGACACGGACGCAGAACCGAACCACAAACCCAGAACCAGAAAACGCACCCCAGGCGGACGCACGCACAGACGGCCUGGAGGAAGCCCCAAAAAGGCUGGGAAAAGAGAAGAUCCAGGAAAACAAAGAGACGAGACGCGGCACACAGAAGCAAGCAUAG